AUGGCCACCAUCAGAGAUACAAUUUGUUCAGCAGAGGCUUUGGGGGAGGAAGUGUUGAAGCAGAAAUUCACAGGGAUUUCAGAGGUGGAUACACCUUCUAAACGGGCCAAACACGAUGUAGUUAAAAAAGAGACUUCAUCUGCGGAAGUUGAAGACAAAGGAAGUAAUGAGGUUGAAGAUUCCAAAGGAGGUGGGGACGCUGAAGAUGUCAUAGAGGGGGAAGUUGAUGAUAGCAAAGUUUGUGGAGAAGUUGAAAAUACCGAAAGAGGUGGGGAUGGAGCUAACAACGUUGAUGCCAGUGGAACUGUUAAUAAGGAUGAAGAGGCUGAUAAGAGUGGAAGUGACGAGGAAGAUAAUGAAGAGGAAGAAGAUCCUUCUGUAUAUAUGGAAGCUCCUCUAACAGACAGAAAAAAAGAAAAGGAGUUUGAAAUAUUUGUUGGGGGCCUGGACAAGGAGGCUGUUGAAGAAGAUCUAAUUAAAAUCUUCGGGGAGUUUGGGGAAAUUCAGUCAGCAAGGAUAGUAAAGCAUCAAACUACACAUAAAAGCAAAGGUUUUGCAUUUAUUCGGUAUGUUACUGCUGAGCAAGCCAAGAAGGUCCUUUUCGAAUUGAAGGAUGGGAUUGAGGUGAGAGGCAAGCGUGUUGGUAUAUCUCCGAGUCAGGACAAUGAUACGCUUUAUAUGGGCAACAUUAGCAAGACAUGGACAAAAGAGCAAGUACUUGAGACACUGAAAAGCUUUGGGAUUGAACAAAUUGAGGAGAUUUAUCUACCAGAUGAUCCUAAGAAUGAAGGAAAGAGGAAAGGUUUUGCUCUUCUGGAAUUUAAUACCCACUCUGAUGCCAUGGCAGCUUUUCAGCGGCUAAGGAAGCCAGAUGCUAUCUUUGGCUGUGAUAGAAGUGCUAAAGUUGCUUUUGCGCAGUCUUCAAUUCAUCCCAGUGAGGAAGCUCUUUCACAGGUUAAAACUGUAUUUGUUGAGGGUCUGACUGACUCUUGGGAUGAAGAGAAGGUGAAGGAGCUCUGCAAACAGUAUGGUGAAAUAGAAAAAGUUCAAUUAUCUCGGAACCUUGGUAAAAAACGGAAGGACUUUGGUUUUGUAACAUUCACUUCUCGAGAAAGUGCAGUAGCUUGUGUGGAGGGUAUCAAUAAUGCCCAGAUUGUUGAGGGUGAUGUCAAGGUCAAAGCAAACCUAGCAAAGCCUCAGAAUAAGGGUCGGCUUGCGAAGCAGGGGGCUCGAGGUGGUUUCAAGGUUGAGGAGGGUGAAAAGACUGAAGAAACUGGCCCAUCAAAAAUGAAAGGUCAUGCCAAGUCCAAAGGGGGUGGAGGGAAGGGGAAGAAGACUCUUCCAAAGUUAAAAAAUUCGAAAGGAGGUAAACCACAUAAAACCCAGGGAAGUGUAGCUCGAGGUCAGGGUAGUGGGGUUCAAUCCAGGUCAGAAAAAACAAAUCAGCAGAGGAACAGACAACCUCCUAAAGGUGAGAAACAUGGUGGGAGAGACAUGGACACUGGUUACAAUGGCCGUUCAUCGAAGAAAGCACGUGGCAAUAUGCAUGGUAGACCACCAAACAAUAGAUUUGGGAGUCAAAGGAGCAGAUCUCACUCUGGGAAGCCGAGACCAAACUACGUUGCAGCUUCUACCACCUAUGGGAAUACUUAUGCGCAGGGGUAUGCUGCCUCUUCUUCUAGGUACCAGGGCCAUAUGUAUGGUACAGCUUCUGGAUCUAAGCGUCCGUAUUCAGAUAUGGAACCUCACGCUGGAUACCUUGAACCUGCUGCUAACAAACAAAGCCGGGAUGCAUAUAGUUAUGGGCCGAGAAGACCUGUUGGAUAUGAUGUUCAAGGGAGCAGUGGUGCUGCUUUUGGAGGAGGUAAUGCUGCUUUUGGUGGAGUUGCUCCGGGAUCUGUGGUCCCAACUUAUGUUCCUAAUUAUGCAAGCUAUGGUGGAUAUCAGCAGGGCGGUGGCACUGGUGGCAGUUAUGGGUACCCUAGCAGUGCAGCAUACCCACCCCGACGGUCGUACUACUGAGAGAGCAAGAUCUGCCAAUGAUAUUGUUUUACUGUAAUGCUGCAUUGUCUCGAGGAUUUGUUCAACAUGUUGGAUAUCAUUCCUUAAGAGGAAAAGAGAGUUGAGGCCUCAUGCCAAUUUUCCUGAAUUUAUUCUCAGAAAAAUCUUUUUGUUUGGGAGAGAGGGGAGUCUAUUAUAAGAAGUUGGUAGGUUUAUGUUGUUCUUUGCAGGGGUGGAAUUGAUAAUUGUUGUUUCACAUGCAUCAAUAAAUUCCUGUAAUGUCUAAAUCUUUAUUCCUAAUUAAAUUGCUGGAACUCUCCAACUA